AGUGAGGGUCCCAUUCCUUGCCCUGCGAGGGUGAAAAACAAACUGCCCUAGCUUGCAGCCCUGGAGGCGCCCCGCCUGCUUUGGCCUCCAGGAGGCGGGCACAGCAGCUAGAAGGCAGUCCACAGCCCGCCAAUGGCUGGGCGACUAGCCGAGGAACGCCAAUGGUCCUUCAACUCCAACAACGUCACAGCGCUGGCCUCGCCCCUUCACCAGCAGUCUCCGGGCGCUGGACGGGUCCUUCGCGCGGACCUCAAACUGGGUCUGCCACAAUGCUGCUGCUGCACAGAGCUGUAGCCCUGGGGCUCAGACAGACCUGCAGACUCAAGUCAACCCACUCAAGGCUCUGCAUUCAGGCCUGCUCUACAAAUGAUUCAUCUCAGCAUCAGUGCCCCAGCCUUGCCUUCUCUACAGAUAACUCCAGCACCAGGGGAUGGAGAGUCAUGGGGACCCUGUUGGGCCUCGGUGCAGUGUUGGCCUAUCAUGACCGUCGUUGCAGGGCUGCUCAGAAGUCACCACACAUAUACACCAGAGAGGAAGUAAAAUCCCACAGCAGCCCCGAGACUAGGAUCUGGGUGACUCUGGGCUCUGAGGUCUUUGAUGUCACAGAAUUUGUGGACCUACAUCCAGGGGGGCCAUCAAAGCUGAUGCUAGCAGCUGGGGGUCCUCUAGAGCCCUUCUGGGCCCUCUAUGCCGUUCACAACCAGUCCCACAUACGUGAGAUACUGGCUCAGUACAAGAUCGGGGAGCUGAGCCCCGAAGACAAGAUGCCAUCCACCUUGAAGACCUCUGACCCUUACGCUGAUGAUCCUAUACGUCACCCAGCUCUGAAGGUCAAUAGCCAGCGCCCCUUUAAUGCAGAGCCCCCCCCUGAGCUGCUGACAGAAACCUACAUCACACCAAACCCUAUCUUCUUCACUCGAAACCAUCUGCCUGUACCUAACCUGGACCCAGACACCUAUCGCCUGCAUAUAGUAGGACCACCUGGGAGAAAGCCACUGUCCCUAUCCCUGGAUGACUUACACCAGUUCCCCAAGCACGAGAUCACGGUCACCCUGCAGUGUGCUGGCAACCGGCGCUCUGAGAUGAGUCAGUUAAAAGAAGUAAGAGGUCUGGAGUGGAGAACAGGCGCCAUUAGCACUGCCCGCUGGGCUGGGGCACGACUGUGUGAUGUAUUAGCCAAGGCUGGUCACCAGCUCUGUGAAACUGAGGCCCAUGUCUGCUUUGAGGGACUGGACUCAGACCCCACAGGGACUGCCUAUGGUGCAUCCAUCCCUCUGGCUCGGGCCCUGGACCCUGAAGCUGAGGUCCUGCUGGCAUAUGAGAUGAAUGGGCAGCCUCUGCCUCGUGACCACGGCUUUCCUGUGCGCGUGGUGGUUCCUGGUGUGGUGGGUGCCCGCCAUGUCAAAUGGCUGGGCAAAGUGAGUGUGGAGCCAGAGGAAAGUCACAGCCACUGGCAGCGGCGAGAUUACAAGGGCUUCUGUCCUUCCGUGGACUGGGACUCUGUAGAUUUUGACUCUUCUCCAUCUAUUCAGGAGCUUCCUGUCCAGUCAGCCAUCACAGAGCCCAAGGAUGGGGGGAUGGUAGAGGCAGGGGAGGUGACUGUCAAGGGCUACGCAUGGAGUGGUGGUGGGAGGGCUGUGAUCAGGGUGGAUGUAUCUCUGGAUGGGGGCCUAACCUGGCAGGUGGCUGAGCUGGAUAGAGAGGAACAGCGCCCCCGUAAGGCCUGGGCCUGGCGGCUAUGGCAGCUGCAAGCCCCCGUACCACCUGGGAAAAAGGAAUUGAACAUUGUUUGUAAGGCUGUAGAUGACAGCUACAAUGUGCAGCCAGACACCGUGGCCCCAAUCUGGAACCUGCGAGGCGUGCUCAGCAAUGCCUGGCACCGUGUCCAUGUCCGCGUUGCCUCAUGAGAAAGUGAAAUGGCACCAUCCACUCCCCAGAAGCACCUUCUCAACCCCUCUCCACACCCGUCCUUUAGCCUCAUUUCCACAGAAAAACCUUUCUCUCCAUCCCUCCACUUCUCUCAGAAACUUUCACUAUGCCUUCCUAAGCCACACCCAGGUACACACAUUGCACAUUUCCACCGAGGCACCACCCUCCUUUGACAGUGUUACAUAUGACUGGCCAUUGACUUUGUGCCAGGAGGUGAGAGCUAUUGGAGUAAGGGACUAGAAGUGAGAAAAAAUAUUUCUGGAAACAAGCACUAUUUUCUCUUCUUACCCCACCUCCCUUUCUAAUGUCAGUCACCACUGAGGCCUUAUUUUGCUUUUCUUGGAUUCUUCAGAGAAUGUGUGUAUGUGUAAGAAAAAUGGAUAUGUGACUUGCUGUUCCCCCUCUGGGUUGCCAGGGGUUGUGAACAGUGCAACCCCCUUCCUUUAUAAUUACACUUUUCUAAAUAUAUCAAUAAAGCAUCUUUUUUCGCUA